CUGGCCGAGGUGUCGGCGCCGCCGGAGCAGGGGCAGCCCAUGACGCAGCGCGCGCUGUCCGUGCUCGUGCUGGCCAGCGCCGCCCUCAUCGUCUACUUCGUGAUCCGCACCGUACGGCUCAGAAGACGAAGCAGAAAAACACGAAGAUAUGGAGUUUUGGAUACAAACAUAGAGAACAUGGAGCUGACUCCAUUAGAACAAGAUGAUGAAGAGGAUGAUACAACACUAUUUGAUGCAAAUCAUCCUAGAAGAUAAGUACGUGCCUUUCAGUGAAAGAACUUAAUCAUGAAACCAGAGAAAGAGACUGCUUCAUAGGAGGAGUAAGAACCAAAUAGCAAGAGGGUAUGGAAACUGAGGGAAUAAUUUAAGUUGUAUAUAUUAUGUCAUCCUUGAUUUGUUGCAAUAAAUACUGUACCAAUUUGUUGUACCUUUUUGUAUAUAUAUGUAUAGAAUUCUAAAUAUAAAGCCUAAGGAGCAAGUGUGCACUAAAAUCAAAACCUAUUUGAAAGUGAGAUUACUUUAAAACAGGGUAUUUUUUGCUUGUUCUCAAUCUUGUAUGCCAUAGGUGUGGUAUACACUUUUUUCUACAGUAACCUAGAAUGUUAACCAACUUUUUGCCAAUGUAAAAUUGUAAGUAAACCUAAGUGGCGUAGCCUCUGUGAACUCUGUGAACUUGAUUAGUUGAGGAGAUGCUUUACCCUUUACAAACGAAAAGCCAGACUACUGCCUCUUGUGUUUUUUU